CGGAAGUACGUUUUAGAAGAAUGAAUGAUCGUCRUGUAAAUUUGACAAAAGCUGCUACUAAAUGGUCCUAAAUGGCUGCACCAGAAGUUAUCAUAAUUCUAGGAUGCCGCACAAAUGCUGAUGGCACUGCAUCAGAGAUGAUGAAACACCGUGUGAAGAAGUCAGCCAAUAUUUACCAUUCGCUUGUCACCGAUAAUGCCAAUGGAGAAAACAUGAGCCAUCCAUGGGUUAUAGUCACUGGAUAUCAGGCCCCUGGGGACCAGAUCAUCACAGAAGCUAAAGCAAUGUUGAAUUACAUACAAGAGAAAAGACUACUGCCUACAGAGCAUGUCAUUAUAGAGGAACUGGCCACAAAUACUGAAGGAAAUGCCUACUGGAGUCGUAUCAUUGUUGACAAUCUUGGUGCUAGUCAAAUCCAUGUUGUGACUACUCAGUUUCACUUAAAGAGAUCACAGAAUAUAUUUGAAAAGAUUUACUCUCCAGACAUCUACAAACUUCAUUUUCAUGACUCCCUGCAGAAGUUGGAUGAUGAAACUAUGAAAUGGAGAGAGGAAAGAGAGGAAAUGCUUUCUCAUUGCGUUGAUAGGAAUAUUGCUGACAUUCCCUUUCAUAUCAMAGCUUCACCUGAUGGAAAAYCUAUAACCCUACUGAACUCCCMCCUCAUUAAAGAAACAAUAUUUAAGCAUGGUUUUACAACUAGGUCUGGAGGUGUAUCAACAYACAAGACAUUAUCAUCUUUGAAUCUCAUGUUCAAUCCAAAAAGAAGGGACCCUAAAGUUAAUAUAGCAGAGAAUAGAYGGCGUUURGCACUUCAUUGUGGCUAUGAYKUUCAGCAAUUCUWCAUGGCAAAAUGUGUWCAUGGGAAUGAAGUGUGGGUGAUUGGUGAUCCUGAGCCRMAGAGUUAUGAUGCAUUAGUCUCUAACAAACCUGGUAUUACAAUAGCUGCACCAGGUGCCGAUUGCUCCAUAUUGYUGUUCUGUGAUCCACUGAAAAAGGUGUGUGCAGCUGCUCACUCAGGCUGGCGAGGGACAUUAGCAAAUAUUAGUCAUUCUGUGCUUGAURUGAUGAYGAAAAGAUUCAAUUGCGAUAUCAACAGCAUAUGUGUGGCAGUUGGACCAACUAUUGGACCUUGCUGCUUUGAAGUUGGUGAAGAUGUUGCAAAACAAUUUGCWGCCAUUUCCUGUGAUUUGGUAGUUAGGAAGGAAAAUAAACCCAAACCAUUUGUUGAUCUAUGCAAGACUACAAGGUUCCUUUUGGAAAAAUAUGGAGUUUUGCCACAAAAUAUUGAUGAUAGUGCAAGGRAGUUUGAAGAAAUCGAGUCUGGCCAACGCGUCACACAAUGCACAUAUUGUGACUCACAGCAGAGGUUUUUCUCCUACAGAAGGGAUGGCAGUCAGUAUGGAACUCAAAUUGGAUGGAUUACAAUCAACAAAAAUCAGGAGAAAGAUACAUGAUUAUGAAGUCUAAUAAAUAGUAGAACUAAAUUUGAAGCUCAGYGUCAAAGUUAUGUAAUUUCAGGGAAAGAAACUAAAGUGUAGUGUAACAAAUAAGRGCUGUGUGAUCAUGAUAAAUCAUUAUUAGAGGAUAUUUUGCUAGUUAGACCUUUUCUGAAUUACAAAAUCAUGGUGCAUUGUGGUCUAAACUCAGUAAAAUGCCAUAUUUGGCAGCAUGAACAAAAGAUGCACCAAAUCUAGACCACAAUGCAAUGCAAACUUAUAUGUCAGAAAAGGUUGUAUGCACCUCUAACAAACAUUCCAUGCCAAUUCUGUAAGUUACAGUAAGUUUGAGUUAAGGGGGCCCUCUUUGCU